AUGAACAGAGGAGGCCGGGAGGGUUGGGGGAGGAUGUGGUUUCUGGGUCCCCGAGGGAUGGGAUCCUCACGCACGAGUUCUUCACGGUGGGAGGCGGGGGGGGGGGGACGGGGGGCGGACUCCCUCGCUGUUUAUCGCGGGUCACGAACUUACAAGAAGAAAAAUAAAAUUGCUUUUUGGAACCUCAAACUUGUAAAGGCUGCUGCUGAGGGCCGGGGUGGGGGUGGGGGGCACUGCCCCCUUUGCAGCAGAAGCCCUGCGUUCUCUGCCCAGUCUUCUUCUGGCCCCCAGUUCCUUGGGCCCCUGCUUUGCCCUAGCCCGAGAUGGAGCGGUGGUGCUGUUCCAGAAUGCUCUAGAACCCCGGCUGUUCCGGAACAGUCUAGAACCUCCGGGCAAAGGGUUGGAUCCAGGAUCGAAGCAUUCCAGGCCUUCCCAGCCUACAUGGGGCCAGCCUCCCUGUGCCACCCGCUAGCGGGCCUCAUGUGGACGCUGGCACUAGGUGGGGUCUUCCUGGCAACCGGCCAGGCCUGUGUCCUCUGUCACCUCUCAGACCGUGACCUGUCGGGCCGCUUGGCUCGACUCUGCAACCAGGCGAAGGCUCGGUGGGAGACCUGUGAGGCCUCCUGGACCUUCCCGGCCUUUGCCUUAGAUGAGGUGUCCACGAACAAAGUCAUAGAGAAGACUCACAGAGUCCUGAGGGUCAUGGAGAUCAAAGGGUCUCCCUCCUCACUCCCUUUAUAUUGGCAAUGGCUGCAAAAGGUCAAGUUUCCUGAGUACACCAGGGAAGCUUUCUGUGCUCCCGCCUGCCGGGGCAGCACCGUCCUGUACAACUGUUCCACCUGCCAGAGCUUUGCCGUGCACUGCUGGCCUCUAAAGCGCUGCCUCGCAGGAAGUCACGAUCUUCGGGAAGCCAGGAUUCUGCUCCUCUCUGUGUUCAUAACUGUCCUGCUCCUGGGCGUUCUGAGCCUCGUGGUGGAGUCCAGACACUUCAAAGCAUAAAGUGACAUGUGAAGACAGCCUCCCAGCCCCCACGUCCUUUGGAAGGGACCCGCCAGCCCCUCACUUCCAAUCCCAAAGGCUCAGCCUUCCAGACCCUAAACCCAGCCGCCUCCGUGAUCCCAGUGUCAGAUGGCCUCCAGGGGCCCAGGCACCCACAGCUGGAAAGUUCCUCCCCUCCGGCCCUCAACUCAUCAGCCAGAAGCAGUCACUGAUUCCAGGAAAAUGGCUACAGGAGGAAAGAACCCCCUGCACACACACACACCGCCGCCCCCACACCCCCUUCUGCCUGUUCUCGGAAAGCGGGGGCUGUUUGCCCCAGAAGCUGCUCUUGGCCCUCCUCUGACUGAUUGGGAAUCCGGGAACGAGGGUUCUGGAAAACUCCCUCCCUUUAGAGUGGCGACCACAUCAGUCAGCCUGCUGGCAUGCUAUCCCUCCAUUUAACAUUGUGAAGCCUUGGCCUCCCACAGAGGCCUCCCUCCUGCCAAGAUCAAGUAAACCUGCUUUUCAGUGGCC